AUGGAGGAAUUUAAGCUCAGUGAUGAUGUAAUUGAGCAGAUAAAAGAUUUUAAAUAUUAUGGAUUAACAAAGGAACAAAGUUUGUUAAUUGAUAAGCUAAUAUUAAAUGAAGAAUUAAAAAAAUGUUAUAAAGUAAAUGGAUUAUGCAAAAAAUGUAAUCAGCCUAGAAUUCGUCAUGAUUGGUGUCAAUCAUGUAAUGCUAAAUAUUGUCAACAAAAUUUCAAAAAUUGGACUAGUGGAAAUAAUGAAGUUGAUAAGUUUAUUCAAAAAUCACAACUUAACGCUAAGUGUAAUUAUGAAAUUUUAGAGUGUAUUGAAUAUGAUAGAUUUGAAAAUGUUAAAUAUUUGGCCAAAGGAGAGUUUGGAACUAUUUAUAAAGCAAUUUGGAAAGAUGGUUUUAUAGAUUCUUUGGAUUUUGAACUUAAUCAAUGGAAAAGAAGUAAAUAUUGGUGUGGGUCACAUAAAAAUUUUCCAGUUAUUUUAAAAUGUUUACAUAACUCACAAGAUAUUACAGCCGAAUUUUUAAGAGAAAUUGAAUUAUAUACUGUGUGUAGUGGUCCGAUAAUUUUAUGUCAUGGCAUUACUAAAGAUCCAAAAUCCAAUAAUUUUAUGAUGGUAAUUCCAUACGCAAAAAAUGGUAGUUUAAGACAACAUUUAAAUAAGAGUUUUAAUUCAAUAGACUGGGAUGAAAAUAAUGCUAAUGAGUAUAUUUUUAUCACUGAUUUAGGAUUAUGUCAACCAGCAAAUGAAAAACCAUCCCAAGAUGAAUAUAAAAAAAUAUAUGGAGUAUUACCUUACGUAGCACCUGAGGUUUUGAGAGGAAAAGAAUAUACUCAAGAAAGUGAGUUUUAUGGAUUUGGGAUUAUUGCAUAUGAAGUUUGUACGGGGCUUCCUCCUUAUCAUAAUAUUGCUCAUAAUAAAUUAUUAACUAUUAGCAUUUGUCAAGGGCUUAGACCAAAAUCUGAUUAUAAAGUUCCUCAACUAAUUUUGGAUAUAAGUAAACGAUGCUGGGAUGCAGGCCCUUUAAAACGACCUAAAGCAAAUGAAUUAUGUGAUAUGUUAGUCAUAUUACGUGAUGAAUUAAAAAAUAUUAGUUGUGAAAUCAGUAAGCAAAUUAAAGAAGCAGAUAAAAUUAAUGAGAAAUUAACUUCCUCUUCAUUAAUAUAUACCGGUACUACUCUUUCAUAUACUACAAAUCCUCAAGCAGUUUACACGAGUAGAUUUUUAGAUUUUAAAAAUCUUCCAGAACCAAAAAAUGCUAUUGAUAACGGGAUUGGACAUAACUCAUUUGGGGAAUAUUCAGAGUCCAUAGAAGCAAUGGAUUUUACUAAACUCAACCUAGGCACUCCAUUUAUAAAACAACUGAAUAAAGGAAAGGAAAGGAAGCUUACAAAAUAUUCAGAAUAUAAAUGUCCUACUUUAUUAAAUUAUUAUAAACAAAGUGAUUGGAUUGAUAGUAUAAAGCAUAUAGCACCAUUUCAUCAGGGAUAUGGUACAACAAUAGAUUAUUAUGAAAAGUUAAAAAAAUGUGCAUGUAGACUUAAUUUAGGUUACGAAGAAAUCCGUAUUGAUGGUCUACAUGAAGAAUGGCAGGAUGAAGUCAUGCGAAUCAGAGAAGACUUUCCUUUAGAUGAGAUAGCAAAAAAACUGGAGAAAGUGGAAUUAUGA